UUUUGUUGCGCCGGAUGGGUUACACGAGAGCACAGUCAAUUGCCGUUUCCUUAGUAACCCUCAAGUUUUUUUUGUCGCCAUUGAAAGGCAGCUAAUUUGAUUAAAUAUGGCUUGUAAACAAUGGAAUACGUCUCACUCAGGUGAUCAAGGCUUCGCUUUGUGUGACGUCAUGAAUAAAGAUAAUUUGGACGAAGAAAUUAUUGCUGUUUCCUGUUCUUCAGAGGCAGACUCGGCCUUCGACGCUGUCAUUGGCUGUAUAGAAGAUAUCUUCAUGGAGGAUCAGUUCCAGCAGCUCCGGGGGGAUUUCAUGGAGAAAUACUACCUCGAGUUUGAUGGUUUAGAUGAGAACAAGCUCAGCUACACGUCCAUCUUUAAUGAAUAUGUAGGCCUGUUGGAGAAACACCUGGAGCAGAAGCUGAUGGAGAGAAUCCCCAACUUCAACAUGAACACCUUCACAGAGCUGCUCAUGCAGCAUAAAGAUGAAGUUCAGGGCGACAUCUUUGACACGCUGUUGACCUUCACAGACUUCCUGGCUUUCAAAGAAAUGUUUCUGGAUUACAAAGCAGAUAGAGAAGGUGGAGGUCAGGGGUUGGUGGUCACAGCUCUUCCUGCAGCUUCUUCACACUGAAGUUUGAUUUCAACUGUUUUUUGCUGCAAUAAUAAUAGAUGAAAGUUCAGGAUUCCAAUGUAAAUCUUCUUUUUUGUUGUCUUUUGUUACAUUAGGACACAAAUAUCAGAUUGAAUAUGUAUUUGAAUCAUUUUCUAAAGCCGUUGUUAAUGUUUAAUAUCUGUGUUUGGAAACCAGCACGCUGGCUUUUCACCAGUGUCUGUGAUUUUGUCUGUUUUCACUUAAAUGUUUGUUUAUUAAAACUAUUUUUUAAUAAAACUGAAACUGUUUAAUU